UGAUAGAAAAUUACUGAUGUUGUGUGAUGUGAUUUGAUUUAGUGGCGGAGCGGAUUGUUUUCUUUGAGAUUUAAUUGACUUGAUACAUACGUAGAUGUUUAUAAUUUCAUAAUACUUAUCAUACUAAAGGACGUAGAAUAUUUCUGCGACAUGGCCGUGGAAAAACCUAAACUUAGCACGGCCACCGUUCCCAAAAGGUCGCGUUUGGAAAUGAAUGUUCGAUUGUUGUUAAAUAAAUGCGAAUUUAUAGCUAAACAAGAGCCUGUUGAUGGGAAUUGGAGGCUCAAAAAGUACGUGGAGUCCUUGAAUGAAAUGAUAUCAGAAUUAAAAACUGGUCCUGAUAAACCAUCUAAAGAUGUUCUUGCCACCUACACCAAGCGAGCUUCUUUCCUGAAAGGAUUAAUUCAAACUGCUUCUCUACAUAGCCCCAUUGAAAAGCUAGAAGCUGUACAGCAGCUAUCUCACGGAGCUGCAACCAUGUGUGUGGAUGCAGCAGCUCAGGAGAUACAUCAGAAGACAGUUGUCAAGUAUGGUGAUGAACUGCGCUCAGAAUUGUUUGGCAUAGAUGACACUGAUGAAGCACUUCGCAAGCGCAACAUAAUCAAAGCUCCUAACUUUACAAGCAACAGCAGCAGCCAAGAAGACAUUGACUCCUUGCUCAAGUAUCACCAGAACAUGCAGGAGAAAGUUGCCGAGAAUAUGGUCAUGCUGACUAAGAGUUUGAAAGAGCAAUCCCAGAUUGCAAGCACUAUUAUCAGGGGAGAUACUGAGGCAUUGAAGAAAUCGUCAGACCUGACAGAUCGUAAUCUGAUGUCACUGAACAAAGAGUCGAGCCGCCUGCAGGAGCACAGCAAGAGCGCAUGGAAAUGCUGGCUUUGGCUCAUGUUGGCCGUGGUCAUGGCCAUAUUCAUCAAUAUGGUCCUGUUUAUGAAGGUGAUGAAGAAGAGGAAAUAUGAAGAAUAAACAGGCAGUACUUACAUAUUUUAUUAAAAGAGUGAUGAAUUAAAAGUAGGUGCCCAAGGCUUCAGUGCUCAGCGACUAAGGAAACAUAGAGAAAGAGAGGGUAAAGAGAGAGAAAAGCACGAAUCCAGAG